AUGUCUCUCUCCAAAGUGAAGCACAUUGUGCUGGUCUUGUCAGGCAAGGGUGGUGUUGGAAAAUCCUCCGUUACAACUCAACUCGCCUUGUCACUUUCCCUAGCAGGCUUUUCAGUAGGCGUCCUCGAUGUUGAUUUGACAGGCCCUUCGAUCCCACGCAUGCUAUCUAUCGAGGCCGAGAAAGUCACCCAGGCUCCUGGCGGUUGGCUCCCCGUUCCAGUUCAUGAUGCUGUGGAGGAAAAGGGCAUCGGUUCAUUCCGUGCCAUGAGCCUUGGAUUCCUUCUGCCCCAGAGAGGCGACGCCGUCGUGUGGCGAGGACCCAAGAAGACGGCCAUGGUCAGACAGUUCCUCUCCGAUGUCUUGUGGGAUGAAACCGACUACCUCCUCAUCGACACCCCUCCUGGCACCAGCGACGAGCACAUUUCUCUCGCCGAGACGCUCAUGCGGGACGCCCGUCCCGGCCAGGUCGCGGGCGCGGUGGUUGUGACGACUCCCCAGGCCGUAGCAACGGCAGACGUCAAGAAGGAGCUCAACUUCUGUGUCAAGACCGGCCUCAAGGUGCUUGGCGUUAUCGAGAACAUGAGCGGGUUCGUCUGCCCGCACUGCUCUGAAUGCACCAACAUUUUCAGCUCCGGCGGAGGAGCAGUCAUGGCUCAAGAGUUCUCGGUGCCUUUCCUAGGCACUGUCCCGAUCGACCCUCAGUUCGGUGAACUCGUCGAGUCGGGCAGGAGACCGCAGUAUCCCCAGGGAACCCAGAUUAACGGCCAUGAGAUUAGCAAGACCGCCGAUGACCACCCGCUCGGCGAUACACUUGUUGAAAAGUACCAGGACUGCUCAUUGUCGCGCAUCUUCAGUGAGAUCACGACAAAGUUGACGACGACGGUUGAGAGCCAAACGCAGUCAUGA